AUGUGGAAAGGGGUCGAUUAUGCGAUAAUCAAAUCCAAAGCAUGGACACUUGGAUGCAUUUACGAUGUUUCAAAGGAGCAUUAUGUAUAUGGUCGUCAGAGCUUCAAAGUCGUUCUUAGUAAUACCGGUUAUGCUUUGGGUUCCGAUUACCUGUCGAAGGAAGACUGUAUUCUCAUGGGGUUCACAGAUUCAAUCCAGGAUGGCGAUUUGAUCUGGAUCCUGCAAGGAGCAUCAAACCCGACCGUCGUGAGACUUUGCGAUGACCAUUUUACGGUGAUUCUGCCCGCGAUGCCACGAAAAGACGCUCAGGCCAAACCUUUCGAGAAAACAGUCGAGCACAAUCGCCAAUAUCCUUCAGAUGACGUUGUCUUCACGUGGGAGUUGCCACAUAUUCAGGAAACAACUUCAACGAGGCCAGCAAAACUGGCGGAAAAGGUGUCAUCCUCCAAUUAUCAUGAAUCGCGGAUAGAGACUCAAUCCCGGUGGCGCCAUAUAGAAUUCGCCAUGUUAGACAUUUAUUCGAAUGCCCGACGAGAUAGAGCCUAUGCCAUAGAUGCUAUCAAGAACCUUAUGACUCUUGGAUGUCCAGAAUGUGUCCCACUCGGAAAGAUCGCUAUCGCAGCUGCAGGAGACGAGGGACGAAACGGGCUCUUUAUUUUAGUAUUUCUCUUUCGACACUUUGGGGACAACUAUCACGUCUCUGAUGUGAUGGUCCAGGCAGCUGCAGCAAACACUGGAUAUUGUGGGCCGGCAAUCAUGAUGCUUCUCUUUCAGGGAUAUGGAGAGAAGCUUCCUAUCACUGAUGAAACAUUCCAGACAGCUGCAGCAAACACUGGACGCUAUUCUAGAGAUAUUAUGAACAUUCUCCUGGAGAACCGUGGAGAGAAGCUCGCUAUCUCAGAUGAGACAGUCCAGGCGGCUGCUGCAAACCCUUCAUAUGGGCCAGAAAUCAUACAAGUUCUCUUUAAGAACCGUGGGAAGAAGCUCACCGUCUCUGAUCAAGUAGUUCAGGCGGCUGCAGCGAACCCUGAACACGGGCAUAAAAUUAUGCAAAUUCUGUCUGAGGAAUCGUGA